AUGGAUAGGAUUAGCAAUCUACCAAAUGAGAUUAUUUGCCACAUUGUGUCCUUUCUCUCUGCAAAGGAAGCUGCUCUCACAACGGUUCUCUCAAAGAGGUUUUUGAAUCUCUUCAACAUCAUACCAAAUCUUGAGUUUGAUGAAAUGGAUAAUAUUCAAGGGAGUUUUACUGAUUUCUUGGAUGGAGUUUUGGCUUUGCCUGCCAGUUCUCGCAUCAGAAAUUUCUCUCUUAAAAUUUUCAAUUGCGUUGAGGUAGCUCAGUAUGCUCAUGUCAACCGUUGUCUAUGUGCUGUCCUGAAGCAUGGUGUGUUAUAUCUUGAACUAGACAUGCAUGUUGAGAAACGAUAUUCGCUUCCCUUUGAGCUUUUCACUUGCAAGACAGUCGUGAAGCUGAAGCUGGAGAGUGCUGGGUAUGGUUUUGUUGUUGAUGCUCUCCCUCAGAAUGCUUCUCUACCAGCACUUGAGACCCUCAUUCUCGAAUACAUUCGAUUCAAAGAUCGUUGUGGUUGUGCGUUUGAAAAGCUUCUUUCUGCUUGCCAUGUGCUCAAGGAAUUAACCAUAGAUAGUAUGGAAUGGAAACGUUGGAAAUGGUCUGGCAACAUUUCCUGUCCAACCCUUCAAAGACUCACUAUUCGUCAUGGAGAUGUAAUGGAGUCUGAUUUUACGGGAAUAACUUUAGAUACACCAAGUCUUACCUAUUUCAAUUGCUCUGAUCUUGUUCCGGAUGAAUAUCCAGUUGUUAACCUUGACUCCCUUGUCAACAGUCGAUCACAACUACGAAGGAUAUGUACGUGA